AUGAUUCUCUUCAUAUUUGCUGCCAUUUUCUUGGUUUCUAACUGUCAAUCAGUUAUUAGGGAAGAUCAAAUUGCCAAAAUCAUCACAUUGAAUGAAACAUCAUUCGGUAAGUGCAUUUUUUUGAAAUUUGAAAUAUUUCCGAAUUUUUUGCCAUCAUUCAGUUUCAAGAGACCCAGAAAAAUGUUCCUGGAAACCAGGCUCUUUAGGAGCUGAUGCUUGACAAAUGGGGUUUCCAUACUUGUCAACUUGACAUUAAGAAGUGGCUGUAGGCUCAGCUACUUGACAACUAUGCUCUCUCGGCGCUGAUCCUUGAUGAUUGAACUUUCUAGGCGUGGCUACGUGACGAGUAGAUCUCUAGACAUGUAUCCUAGAUAGCAAAAGUAAACCUCUAAGCCACCCUCCCAAUUUUCAGUCACUUACAACUCAACAACUUCAAAAUGUCGAAUUGAUUGCGCUGAUGCGGACACAAUGUCUCUCCCAACUUUCCGAGGAUUGGAAAAAGUCUGGAAGUUCAAUGGAUCUGCAAUGUUCUCCGCCGAUGACAAAACUUUCAUUGACAGUAACCGAAGCCUCGAAUUCCAAGUGUUGACAGAAGAAGAUUCGGGAAAUUAUAUGUGUUGUACUCGAGAUGUUCAAUUGGCAUAUCAAUCGUAUGUUUGCUACAGUACUCAACUUGUUAUUGUGAAUGAAGAUGCAUUGGAUGCAAUUUCUUCGACAGGUAAGAGAAAUUUGCAGAUUCUCGUUGCAAAUUUUUUCCAAAAAUAUUAUUUCAGAAGCCCCUCUUCCUCCAGCUUGGAAUCUGAUUGUUGAAGAAGGCGAUGAAAUCAACUGUCAACCAGAUAGCAUCUACUUUUUGAAAGUUUUUGAUGAAAAUGUGACCGAUGUCAAAUGCUUAGUCAAUGAUGUUCCAGUCGAUAUCAAAAUGGUAAAUUUACAACAAAAAGCGAAAAAAUAUGUAGUUAAGAUUUUUUAUUUGUAGAAUAACGCGUUCCCAUCUCCAAUCUUCAAUGAUGUUUUGAUCAAACAUUUCAAUGUUUCUGAACACAGUGGUCUCUAUUCAUGUAAUGCAACUAUUCAUGUGAGUUUAUCAACAUGAAGCCCCUUUUUUGCUGAUUUUAACAGUUUCAGGAUGGAAAUGAGACAAUAAACGAGCAAGUUUCAUUCAAAAUCAGUGAAUCCUGGGGUGAAAAUCAACACGCUGUUCUUCUUCAAGAAAAGAUGGUCCGCGAUGCUUUGGCAAGCAGUUCACCAAUUCCAAUGCACAAGGUCUUCAUUAUUCUUCUCAUUGUCGUUGCCAUCAUCACAUUCCAAUAA